AGGUAGAGAGCGUGAUUGCAGUCCCAGGGGAGGGAGUCAGAGCUAGAACACCAAUUACAAACCACAGGCUUCUUGCUCUAGGGAGUUGAUCCAGAAUUGUCUUUCUGGAAGGGAAACACUCGAAUCCUUCCGAACUUUCCAAGUCCAUCCAUGAUUCAGAGAUAUUGCCUUCUCCCUCUGGGAUUUUCUGUGUUUCUGGUAGUGAAGUGUUGCUGAUGUAUUUGCUACUUUGCUUCUUUUCUCUUUCAAGAUUUGAACAUUUUAUAUGGUGUUCGGAAAAAAAAGAAGUUUUGUUAGAAAGGCGAUUUCAGAAAUGAUUUUGGAUCUUCUAUAAGUGUUUUGAGAGUUCUUGGGGACAGUAGCCCUCAUCCUGGAGUAAGUUUCUGCCUUUGACCUGCAUGGAUUAUUUUUUCAGGCUGCGGAAUUUCUCGGCACCUACCUGUAGUGUGGGGCACUUGGUUUGGUUGCAGAGUAAGAAGGUGGAAGAGUGAGCUGUACUUGAUUAAGCAGUUGAAACCUUUUUUGAGCAGGAUCUAUAAAAGCGUAAUUGCAUUUGUUUCACCCCCGUGGAUUCCAGUGGGCCCGACAGCGCAACAGGUUUGCAGAUUUCUUUUGAAAUUCUUUUUUUUCCUCCCUCUGCCUCAGCAAAAGAAAAGAAUCUAUAUAACAGGUUCAUGUUCAGUUGCUUGGCUUUUCAGUACUUAUUCUGAAGACUUUAUAAGAUUUUUAAACUUGACCUCAGAGCACAGCAGGCUUUGUGGGUGAAGUGCAUUUAUGUUAACUUAAGGGUGCACAUUUUAAAAAAUCCUAUUCUAUAUCUGUACAAAGACCCAUAUUUUCAUAUAUGCCUAGAAAUAGCACAGAUCCUCUCUACUCAGGCUUACUUGUUUUUUUUUCCAGGGUGUUCUACUUAGAGCCCGUGACUGAUCACCUCCCUGUUCCCCUUAUCUUUUUUUUCCCACCCCCCUCAAGGAAUUUGAAAAUGUGUUAGGAAUAGUCCUUUUUUAAAAAAAAUGAAUCUAGAAAAUUACAAAUUAUAACAUCUGGAUAUUAAAAUAGUUUCCAAAAGCACCUCAUGGGAAAUCAAAGUGCUUGGCAUUGUCAAGCUGGAGAAUAAAAUCUGAAAUCCCAAAGAGAAAGAAAAAAUGGAGCUAGAAAUAUGAAUUUUAACUGGGAAAAAUAAUUGGAAAAAUGAACUUUUUCGAAUAUUCUAAUUACGAAAAUUGUAAAAGGUUGUGAUGCUUAAGAUUACCCUGUAAUAUGUGAAGAUACAGAAAUUAGCAUCUAAUUUCUGGGCAGCUUUUAGUAGUAUACAAAAAAAUUAGAGUACAUCUAAAUUCAUGAAAAAUAUGUAAAUUCAAUGGGCCUAGACUUUUGGCUACACUGAAAUACAGUUUAAUGUGGAAGCUUUUCUAAAUACAUGUUGUGGCAUCUUUGGACAUCCCUCAAGGUGUGGCCUGAAUAUUAUUGUUCUCUCUUCUCCUGUGUUAAAAACAAAAUUAUGUUUGUUAUGUUUAGUCAUUUACCAUUGACAAAUGUUGUGGCUUAAAAACUGCCUUCAUUUUCUGAGCUGUAAUUCUUCACUCUCAUCUUUGCUGCAUGGCCUUGGCUGUUUACUUUGCCUUGUUUUGUUCAUGAACAUCGGGUUUGGUGCCUGCAACUUGAUGCAUAUGGAAGAACAACUCCAAGUGAUCUGACAUAAUAAAAAUUCACGAUGUGACAUUCAAUUUCAAGCAAAGUUGGAAACUCAAAGAGAAGUGGUGAUAUAUUACUAGUCAGAGUGAAGAUGGGAGAAAAUAACAUACCUGCAGCAGAAGUGGGCUGAAAAUACCCUCUUCUGUGCCCAAUCAGGCAUGCCACUUGUUCUUGGGAAUAUACUUUAGAGAAAGGAAGGGCCAGAACUACGAGUUGCCUUUCUGAAACUGAAGCAUUAAUUCUCUUUUCCUUCAUUUUUCUGGAUCUGAGAACCUGCACUUGGUAUUAGCUAUUGGAAGCAGUAUGUAUGGCCGAAGUGCAUUGCUGCAGCUGGUAGCAUGAGUGGUGGCCACCAGCUGCAGCUGGCUGCCCUCUGGCCCUGGCUGCUGAUGGCUACCCUGCAGGCAGGCUUUGGACGCACAGGACUGGUACUGGCAGCAGCCGUGGAGUCUGAAAGAUCAGCAGAGCAGAAAGCUAUUAUCAGAGUGAUCCCCUUGAAAAUGGACCCCACAGGAAAACUGAAUCUCACUUUGGAAGGUGUGUUUGCUGGUGUUGCUGAAGUAAUUCCAGCAGAAGGAAAACUAAUGCAGUCCCAUCCUCUGUACCUGUGCAAUGCCAGUGACGACGACAACCUGGAGCCUGGAUUCAUCAGCAUCGUCAAGCUGGAGAGUCCCCGGCGGGCCCCCCGCCCCUGCCUGUCUCUGGCUAGCAAGGCCCGGAUGGCGGGUGAGCGAGGAGCUAGUGCUGUCCUCUUUGACAUCACUGAGGAUCGAGCUGCUGCUGAGCAGCUGCAGCAGCCGCUGGGGCUGACGUGGCCAGUGGUGUUGAUCUGGGGUCGUGACGCAGAGAAGCUGAUGGAGUUUGUGUACAAGAACCGAAAAGCCCAUGUGAGGAUUGAGCUGAAGGAGUCCCCGGCCUGGCCUGAUUAUGAUGUGUGGAUCCUGCUGACAGUGGUGGGCACCAUCUUUGUGGUCAUUCUGGCUUCGGUGCUGCGCAUCCGGUGCCGCCCCCGCCACAGUAGACCGGAUCCCCUUCAGCGGCGAACGGCCUGGGCCAUCAGCCAGCUGGCCACCAGGAGGUACCAGGCCAGCUGCAGUAGGGCCCGGGGUGAGUGGCCAGACUCAGGUAGCAGCUGCAGCUCAGCUCCUGUGUGUGCCAUCUGCCUGGAGGAGUUCUCUGAGGGGCAGGAGCUACGGGUCAUUUCCUGCCUCCAUGAGUUCCAUCGUACCUGCGUGGACCCCUGGCUACAUCAGCAUCGGACUUGCCCCCUCUGCAUGUUCAACAUCAUAGAGGGAGAUUCAUUUUCCCAGUCCCUGGAGCCUUCUCGAUCUUACCAAGAACCAGGUCGGAGACUCCAUCUCAUUCGCCAGCAUCCUGGCCAUGCCCACUACCACCUCCCUGCUGCCUACUUGCUGGGCCCUUCCCGGAGUACUGUGGCUCGGCCCCCACGACCUAGUCCCUUCCUGCCAUCCCAGGAUCCAGGCUCAGACCCUCGGCAUCACCGCCCCCCAAGAGCUGCACAUGCCCGGGCUACAGGCCAGCAACAGCGUCUGGCAGUGGCCCAGCACCCCUACGCACAGGGCUGGGGACUGGGCCACCUCCGAUGCACCUCACAACACCCUGCUACCUGCCCAGUGCCCCUGCGUCGGGCCAGGCCUCAUGACAGCAGUGGGUCUGGAGAAAGCUAUUGCACGGAACGCAGUGGAUACCUGGCAGAUGGGCCAGCCAGUGACUCCAGCUCAGGACCCUGUCACGGCUCUUCCAGUGACUCUGUGGUCAACUGCACAGACGUCAGCCUGCAGGGCAUCCAUGGUAGCAGUUCUACCUUCCGCAGCUCCCUGAGCAGUGACUUUGACCCCUUGGUGUACUGCAGCCCUGAAGGGGAUCCCAAAGCAGUGGACAUGCAGCCUAGCGUGGCCUCUCGGCCCCGUUCCUUGGACUCAGUGGUGCCCACAGGGGAAACCCAGGUUUCCAGCCACAUCCACUACCACCGCCACCGGCAUCACCACUAUAAAAAGCGGUUUCAGUGGCAUGGCAGGAAGCCUGGCCCAGAAACCGGUGUCCCCCAUUCCAGGCCUGCUGUUCCUCAGACACAACCCCAGCCGGAGCCUCCUCCUCCUGAUCACCAAGUUGCCAGAUCCAUCCCGGCAGCACCUUCAGGGCAGCUGCCCAACCCACAACGACCCAGGGCCCUCCCUGAGCCAGCCCCUGGGCCAGCUGAAGCCUCCAGCCCCUGUCCUAGUACCAGUGGUCUCUUCAACAUGCAGAAAUCUAGCCUCUCUGUCCGACACCCACAGAGAAAACGGCGGGGGGGUCCCUCAGAGCCCACCUCAGCUUCUCGGACCCAGGACUCCACUGUGCACCCAACUUGCCAGAUUUUCCCUCAUUACAGCCCUAACCUGGCAUAUCCUUGGUCCUCAGAGGCCCACCCAUUGAUCUUUGGACCUCCAGGCCUGGACAGGAGGCUGCUACCAGAAACCCCAGGUCCCUGUUACUCCAGUUCACAGACAGUGUGGUUGUGUCUGACUCCACGCCGGCCCCUGGGGCCACACCCACCUGGGGAGGGGCCUUCUGAAUGGAGUUCUGACACCCCGGAGGGCAGACCAUGCCCUCAUCUACACUGCCAGGUGCUGCCAGCCCAGCCUGACUCGGAGGAGGAACUCGAGGAGCUAUGUGAACAGGCAGUAUGAGACGUCAGGCCUGGCUCCAACCAAGAAUAUGCUCCAGAUGACUUUGGGCCCUACCUGGCACAGAGUCCUGCUCCUGGGAGAAGAAAGGACGUCAGCAAACAUCUCUCUUUUUCCACACUUCCUGGAAGCUCUGGAAGAGAAGCAGUGAUGGUGGGGGUGCUGGAGGUGCUAUUUCCUGCUCCAGCUCCGGACCUUGUCUGCAGAAUACAUCAGCAGUGCAGCAAGUCCAUGUCUAGCCAGGCAACCAGCCACUGCCUGUGGCUAAAUGUUUGGAGGGGAGAAAGUUAGGUAUGGGUAGCUAGGUGUUACAAAGGUGCUGCUCCUUUCCCCAGCCCUACUAGGUCUCUCUUGCCCCAGAUCUCAUGUUCGUACCAGCCAGUGGGCUCAGUGGAAUGUGUGACCCCUUAUCACCUCCUUCCUGGGUGAGUUCUGCACACCAGCUUUGGCCCCUCCAUGGUAAGCUGCUAUAUCAGGUUAAACCCAGCUCUACCAUUUUUCUUCUUUGCCAAAAGGACCAGGAACAUAGGUGAGCCCUGAGCACUAAAAAAAAGGGUGUUCCCAAUACAGUGUAGAGUUCUAUCCAUGAGAUGGGCACAGCUGUGCCCUUGUCACUCCAGCAGUCCCAGUUCUUCUGGUGGAUGGGAGUAGGGAUUCUGGGGAGGAAAAACUUCCUUGAAGAUCUCCUGUCUUCAAGUCCCAAAGCAAAGAAUUUCUGCGGGCCUUCAUCUGGGAAGAGGAAGGAUGGAAUGAAAGUAGAAAAGGCAGGCUUAAGCUGAGCAGGAACAACAAAGAGUUAUUCUCUGGGAGAAGUUUUGUCUCAGAGCAGGGAUGGGGAGCAGGGGAAUAAAGGAGAAGCAAAGUAUGACCCUUGAGUUUGCAGGGCCAGAGGCCUAGCUCCCCAGUAUAUGCCUAACAGGCCAGAGACCCCCAGGAAAGUGUGCCUGCGAGAGUGGAGUUGAGGCAGGAAAUCUGGCCUGGGCAGCUUAUACCGAGUGGGCAAGGGCUGAGAGGCCUCCUUAGGGUGACAUUCAUCCCGGGGCAGCCUCACCAUAGCUGGCCCCUCAGGUGUUAUCCCAUUUGGAAUGUGAAUGUGGGGGCAAAGUGGGCACAGGAUCCCACUUGGGAACCUUCCUCCCUCAAAAUCAGGGGGAGACUAGCACCUAGGCACCCACAUGGAUAUUUAUAUCUGAACCAGACAGAAAGACGCUUGAAUCAGGCACUAUGUUGAGAAACGUAUUUAUUUGCUAAUAUAUUUAUCCAUAAAUGCA